AUGGCCUUCUCUUUUCGGCGCCAGCCGCUCCGAUUUUUCUACCUCGUUGUGACGAUUUUGAUAAUCCUCUUUAUCCGACUGCCGUACUGGCUCGCUCGCUACGCUAUCCCCGCUGCGCGGCCACGCCCGAGCUGGACGCUAUCCCGAUCGUUGAUCGUCCAGUUCUUCCGCGUGUAUGUGAACGUACUAUGGGACACCGAAAUACCUACAUGGGUGCCUCCGGACCCAAAGGCGCAGUCGGCGGAUGCUGACGGAUUGGUCGCGGUGGAUGCGGCACCGCAGUAUGUUAAAGGGGAAGUUGGGCGCAUGGCUGAGGCAAACGGAGUCAGUGCCGUAGAUGUAUCUGGAUACUGGGUCGGACGUAGGGGUGCGGACGGAAAGCCAGGGCAGAAAGCAGAGGCAGGAGAGAAAGUUGUCUAUCAUCUACAUGGAGGAGGAUUCGUGAUGGGCGCAGGAAAGCCUACAGAAGGAGUGAUGAAGGAUCUGUACGCCGGUUUCCAGCAGUACUUUCCUUCCACCCCGCGCAUCUUCGCCCUCGAAUACCGUAUCUCGGCCGGCCCUCCCUUCGAACCUCGGAAUCCCUUUCCUGCCCCUCUCCUGGACGCCGUCGCCGGAUAUAACUACCUCGUCAACACCCUCGGGUUCACGAGUCAAAACGUCGUCAUCAGCGGCGAUUCCGCCGGCGGCGCCCUCGCGGUAUGGUUCGUGCGAUACCUCAUCGCCUUCGAGUUCAAAGACCUGCCGUUCCCCGGCGCUGUCCUCCUCUUCUCCCCGACGGUCGACUUUGCGAACACACACAUCGGGCCGAACUCGUCGAUGGCCAGAAAUGCAAGAUCCGACUUCGUGGAGCCCAUCGUCGCGUCGGGAUACACGUACCGCGCGUUGACAGGGAACUUGAGCGUGCACGAUCGUGAGGCGAUGGCAUGGAUCGCGCCCGCCUCCCGUUCGCUCGAACCUGAGCGCGUCUCGGGCUUGUUCCGAGGAUUUCCCAAGACGUGCAUCGUCGUUGGUGGCGCGGAGCAGACAUACGACCCGGUCGUCACUUUGCGCAACAGGAUCGUAGCGGAAUCGGGAGCAGACGCGGUACAUUUCAUAGAUAAGCCGGACGCGACGCACGACUUCUGCAGUUUCGCUUGGCACGAGCCUGAGCGAACAGAUGCGCUGAAGGACGUGGACAAAGCGGAUGGGUCAUCGUCCAUGUUGCGCUAUCCUCCGUCGCGUGGCUUGCGUAGGGACAAACUCGGCGUGAGCUUUCUCGCCGAUGGGUAG